AUGAAAAGUGAAAAAGACUCAGAAAUUCAAGGUAUCAACAUAGAACCCAUUAUUUCCUUUUCCAAGGAAGACCUUCAACUUGACAAAUCCCAUGUCUUGACUACUGUUAUUUCUCCUUCUGGUAAGGAAGUUGCCAUUACCAAUGAUGUUGACCAGGUUAUGAAAUUUGUCCUUGACCACCAAAAUAAAAAGGUUGUAUUGGACGAAGCCACUGACAAAAAACUCCUUAGAAAGAUCGACAUGUAUAUGCUACCAGUGAUGUGUUUGUUGUAUUGCUUCCAGUUUAUGGAUAAGCUGUCGACUAGUUAUGCCUCGAUAUUAGGGUUAAGAGAGGAUUUGAAUAUGGUGGGCGACAUGUAUAGUUGGACUGCUACUGCAUUUUACUUGGGAUAUCUUGCCUUUGAGUUUCCGGCAUCAAUGCUUUUGCAACGGUUCCCCGUGGCUAAAACAGUGUCGGUUUUCAUUAUAGUAUGGGGAAUUAUCUUAUGUUUGCAUUCGGUUCCUCAGUACCCUGGGUUUAUUGCUUUGAGAACUAUUUUAGGAAUGUUGGAGCUGAGUGUGACACCUGCAUUCACCAUCAUCACAUCUCAAUGGUACAAAAAGGAGGAACAAUUUCUUAGAACUUCGUGGUGGUUUGCAUUUAAUGGGAUAGGAACUAUUCUUGGUCUGGCUAUAGCUUACGGCUUGUACCAGAACGAUGGCAACUAUUCUUUACCAACUUGGAAGCUCGUGUUUAUAGUUACAGGUUGUUUAACCAUAUUCUUGGGAUUUGUUGUCAUGAUACAUAUUCCAGACACCCCAACACAGGCUUGGUUUUUAACGGACGAGGAAAAAUUGUUGGUGGUUGAACGUAUUAGGACUAAUCAACAAGGCUUUGGCAACACACAUUUUAAAAGGAACCAGUUCAUUGAGGCAUUAACUGAUUACAGAUCAUGGUUACUUGUUAUUUAUGCAUUAUCAAGUAACAUACCCAACGGUGGAUUAACCAAUUUCAGUGGUAUUUUGUUAUAUGAAGAUUUCCAAUACAGUGAAUCCAAAUCACUCUUGAUGCAAAUGCCUCAAGGAGCGGUUGAAAUUGUUGGAUGUGUGUUGCUUGCCUGGUGUUCUCGAUUCAUUUCAUCGCGAUUAUUGAUGACGGUAUUCACAACGAGUUUGACAAUCAUGUCAGAAUGUCUCUUGGCAUUUUGCCCAGAAAAAAAUGGAAGAUUAGUUGGUUUAUAUCUUCCCAUGCUUGACCCUCUUGGGUUCAUUUGUUGUUUAUCAUGUGUAUCUUCCAACUUUGCUGGUCAUACCAAAAAGAUCACCACCAACGCAAUGUAUUUGAUUGCCUAUUGCACAGGGAAUUUGAUUGGGCCCCAAACAUUUGUUAGUUCUCAAGCUCCACAGUACAUUGGCGCCAAGGUGGGUAUGAUAGCUGGGAGCAGUGUGGCUUUAUUAUCAUUGCUUUCCUUGUACUUUUCCUAUGUUUGGGAAAACAAAAAACGGGAUGCAAUGCCCAUGGUUGAUAUGAGCCACAUUGAGAACUAUGAAUUUGCUGAUUUGACUGAUAAAGAAAAUCCAAACUUUAGAUAUAGUAAGUAG